AUGGUAAGAGCCAGCCAUGGCAGGGAUCCCCUCAGUUUUGUGCUGAAACCAGAGUCUCCUUUGCUUUUUGGUAGACCUCAGGAACCACUUUGUCCUGCAGCCAGCUCUUACUGUAGUACCUCUUGGGCCAGUGCUGGUAGUUUAAAGUCAGGGAGCAAACCUCCAGCAUUGUUCUUCCCUCUCAAGAUUGCUUUGGCUGGCCCACACCCGUCCCGGAGAGGCCCGCCCCAGCCCCAGCCCCAGCCCCCUUACUCUAGGGCUCCAUGGUCAACUGCUCUCUGGCCCCCGCGGGCCGAGCCUCCGGCGCCGCCGCCGCCCCUCCUAACGCCUCUCCUCCCGGGCCGGCGUCGCCUGGUUGCCCUGACAACCCGGAGGGCAGGGGUGGAGGGGCAAGAAGGACGGCGAGAGGGAGGGACCAAAUGCCGCGAGGCAGCGCGGGCGAGCGCGAGGACCCGCACGUCGCCGGGGGCACCGAGUACGGAGGCGGCGGUGCGGCGGGCUGAAGACGCUCUGCCCCUGAGGCCUGGUCGGGUGGCCGCGCCCUCCCUGGUGGCCCUCGCGUCCCCGGCGGGGCCGGUGCCCGGGCCUUCCUGCCGCGGCCCGCGGGCCCUCCCUCACUUGGACAAGGUGGAAGAAAAAGAACUGGAAUGUCCAAACUCUUCCUCUGAAAAACGCUAUUUUCCUGAAUCCCUCGAUUCUAGUAGUGGGGAUGAGGCGGGGAUUCUGGCCUGUGAGGAUUUGGAACUUAACCCUUUGGAUGGAUUGCCAUAUUCAUCACGUUAUUAUAAACUUCUGAAAGAGAGAGAGGAUCUUCCAAUGUGGAGAAAAUACUCCUUUAUGGAGAAUCUGCUUCAAAGUCAAAUUGUGAUCAUUUCAGGAGAUGCUAAAUGUGGGAAAAGCUCUCAGGUUCCUCAGUGGUGUGCCGAAUACUGCCUUUCCAUACACUACCAGCAUGGGGGUGUGGUAUGCACUCAGGUCCACAAGCAGACUGCGGUCCAGCUCGCCCUCCGGGUGGCAGAUGAAAUGGAUGUUAACAUUGGUCAUGAAGUCGGCUACGUGAUUCCUUUUGAGGACUGCUGCACCAGUGAAACGAUCCUGAGGUAUUGUACUGAUGAUAUGUUACAAAGAGAAAUGAUGUCCAAUCCUUUCUUGGGUAGCUAUGGGGUCAUCAUCUUAGAUGAUAUUCAUGAAAGAAGCAUUGCAACUGAUGUGUUACUUGGACUUCUUAAAGAUGUUUUACUAGCAAGACCAGAACUGAAGCUCAUAAUUAACUCCUCACCUCACCUGAUCAGCAAACUCAGUUUUUAUUAUGGAAACGUGCCUCUCACAGAAGUGAAAAAUAAGCAUCCGGUAGAGGUUGUGUACCUUAGUGGGGCUCAGGAGUCUUUUGAGUCUGUUUUACUCCUUAUCUUUGAAAUUCACCACUCGGGUGAGAAGUGUGACAUUGUAGUCUUUCUGGCCUGUGAGCAAGGUAUUGAAAAAGCCUAUGAAACUGUCUGUCAAGAAGGAUCUAACUUAAACCCAGAUCUUGGAGAGCUGGUAGUUAUUCCUUUGUAUCCAAAAGAGAAAUGUGCAUUGUUCAAGCCACAUGGUGAAACAGAAAAAAGAUGCCAAGCUUAUCAGAGACGAGUGGUGUUAACGGCCAGCUGGGGAGAGUCUUUGAUCUGGAGCAGCACAGUCAAAUUUGUUAUUGAUGUGGAUGUGGAGAGAAGAAAGGUGUACAACCCCAGGAUACGCGCCAACUCGCUAGUCACGCAGCCCAUCAGCCAGAGCCAGGCCGAGCGACGCAGGCAGGUUCUCGGCUCCUCUUCAGGAAAACUUUUCUGUCUGUAUUCUGAGGAAUUUGCCUCCAAAAACAUGCGGCCCCUUAAGCCAGCAGAAAUGCAGGAAGCCACCCUAAUCAGCACGGUGCUUUUUAUGAAGAGAAUCGACAUGGCAGGCUUAGGCCACUGUGACUUCAUGAACAGACCAGCGCCAGAAAGCUUGAUGCAGGCUUUGGAAGACUUAGAUUAUCUGGCAGCACUGGACAAUAAUGGAAAUCUUUCUGAAUUUGGAAUCAUCAUGUCAGAGUUUCCUCUUGAUCCACAACUGUGCAAGUCUAUCUUAGCAUCCUGUGAAUUUGACUGUGUAGAUGAAAUGCUAACAAUUGCUGCCAUGGUAACAGCUCCUAAUUGCUUUUUGCAUCUGCCCUGCAGAAUGGAGGAGGCCGCCUUGUCAUGUUGGAAGACAUUCUUACAUCCUGAAGGAGAUCACUUCACCCUCAUCAACAUUUACAAGGCCUACCAGGACACGGCUCUGAAUGCCACCAGCAAGCACUGUGUUGAAAAGUGGUGUCACGAUUACUUCCUCAACUGCUCUGCACUCAGGAUGGCAGAUGUUAUCCGAGCUGAACUCUUAGAAAUUAUCAAGUGAAUUGAGCUUCCCUACGUAGAACCUGCUUUUGGCUCAAAGGAAAAUACUCUGAACCUAAGGAAAGCCCUGCUGUCUGGUUAUUUCAUGCAGAUUGCUCGGGACGUUGAUGAGUCCGGUAACUACUUAAUGCUGACUCACAAGCAGGUUGCACAGCUGCACCCCUUGUCCUGUUACUCUGUCACCAAGAAGAUGCCGGAGUGGGUUCUCUUCCACAAAUUCAGCAUAUCUGACAACAACUACAUCAGGAUCGCCUCAGAAAUCUCUCCUGAACUGUUUAUGCAGUUGGCACCACAAUACUACUUCAGUAAUCUGCCUCCUAGUGAAAGCAAGGAUAUUCUACAGCAAGUGAUGGAUCACCUAUCACCCAUCUCAACAGUGAAAAAGGAACAGAAAAUGUGUGAGAAGUGCCCUGAAACUACUGAACAAAGAUGCACUAUACAGUGACUCUCAAGAACCUUCUACACAAAACCUGAUGUGCAAUAAAUAUCCCAAAGGCAGCCUGAGGCUGGUCCACUGGCGUAACGUGCAGA